AUGCCCCGCAAUCCCAAUUACAACAGCAUCCCGGCCUUCCAUGCCAAGCUCGCCCGGAGCCGGCGGAUCCUGGCCGUGUGCGGCGCGGGGCUUUCGGCCUCUUCAGGCCUGCCCACCUUCCGCGGCGCCGAUGGCCUGUGGCGAAACUACGAGGCCACCGCACUGGCUUCGCCCAAGGCUUUCAAGAAUGAUCCCGGGAUGGUGUGGAUGUUCUAUGCUUAUCGACGACACAUGGCCCUCAGAGCCGAACCCAACGCAGGCCACUACGCUCUGGCAGAACUCGCGAGGCAAAACCCCGAGUUCCUGUGUCUAUCUCAAAACGUUGACAACCUGCAUAUCCGUGCCAACCAUCCUUCGGGCCAACUCAAGCUCCUCCAUGGCUCGCUCUUCGCCCUCAAGUGCUCUUCCCCGACCUGCUCCUACACCGAGCCCGAGAACCUAGAAUCCCCACUUUGCCCGGCCCUGGCAGCAGCUGCAGUCGACGCGCCUUCCUCUCCGACCGAGAUCCACCCCUUACUCGACACCACCAAACCCCUCCCCACCAUUCCCCCCUCCUCCCUCCCGCAUUGCGCGCAGUGUCAGACCGCUUUGCUCAGGCCAGGAGUAGUUUGGUUCGGCGAAUCCCUUGACAGUGACAUGCUAGCGGACAUGGACGAAUGGAUCCGCCGUGAGAAAGUCGAUGUGGUGCUCGUCGUGGGCACCAGCUCGCUGGUGUGGCCCGCGGCGGGCAUUGCGGAGGCGGCGAGGGGACCGGGUACCAGCGUGGUGCAUGUGAAUGUCGAUGCCGAGAGCCCCGAGGGGCUGGCGAGGCUUGUCGACAAGGAGGAUUUCUCGUUUGGAGGGGAUGCAGCCGAGGUGUUGCCUAGGUUGCUGGAGCCCGUUGUUGGGCGGUGGGAUGAGGAGAGAGGUGAGUUUCGGAGGUGA